AGGCGGCUGACUGAAAAGGAACGCUAUGCAUCUUUAGCAACCGUUUUCCUCAGUAAUAGAUAAUCUGCUCUCGUUGAUCACAGCAUGGAGCCUGUCCCGUUUACGGAGGAGGUUUCGGAGAGAAAAGUAUCUGUUGUCGGCUCAGAGUUGGUGGAAAACUACACUGUCUACAUCAUUGAUGUGACGGAUGGACAGCACAGGUGGACUGUGAAGCACCGCUAUAGUGAUUUCUACGACCUCCAUGAGAAGCUUACGGCAGAGAAAAAGGUUGAUAGAAGACUGCUUCCUCCUAAGAAGAUCUUGGGAAAGAACUCAAAGAGUCUGGUGGAGCGGCGGCAGAAGGAGCUGGAGCUCUACCUGCAGACUCUUCUCCAGCAGUUUCCUCAAGCCACGCCCACACCGCUCACCAACUUCCUACAUUUUCAUCUCUAUGAAAUCAAUGGCAUCACUGCAGCACUGGCAGAGGAGUUGUUCCAUAAAGGUGAGCAGCUGCUGCAGGCCGGCGAGGUGUUUUCUCUCCGUCCUCUGCAGCUCUUCUCCGUCUCCCAGCAACUGCGGAUGGCCAAACCAACCUGCUGCAAUGGCGAUGCCAAAACAGACCUGGGACACAUCCUCGACUUCACCUGCAGGCUGCGAUACCUCAAGAUUUCUGGUACCAGAGGUCCAGUAGGAACCAGUAAUAUUCAGGAGGCGAGUCUCCCCUUUGACCUGUCUGUUUUCAAAUCCCUGCUGCAAAUAGAGAUCACCGAGUGCAGCUCUCAGCAGAUUCUUGGUUUGUCCUCUCUGAGGUCGAGCUUGGUGACGAUGAGCAUCCAUCGCUCCACCGAAUCUAUGAUGUCUGUCCUCGUCCCAGAGGCGAGUGAGUUCUCGCAGUGGGAGCCUGAGGGGGUGGAGUCUGGGUGUCCGGUCACCGCUGUCAUCCCCGUGUGGAGAAAUCUCACCACGCUGGACAUGAGUCACAACUGCAUCAGUAGCAUCGACAGCUCAGUGAAACUGAUGCCUAAGGUGGAGUUUCUGGAUCUGAGCUACAACCAGCUGUCCUCAGUGGAAAACCUCCAGCACCUGUACAAUCUGGUCCACGUGGAUCUGUCCUAUAACAACCUCCGGGUUCUGGAAGCAGCUCACACUCGUCUGGGGAACAUCAAAACCUUGAACCUGGCUGGCAACCAGCUGGACCGACUGACCGGUCUCACCAAGCUCUAUUCUCUGGUCAGCCUGGACUUAAGCCACAACCAACUGGCACAGUUGGAGGAAAUCAGGAACAUCGGCUCUCUGCCCUGUCUGGAGAAACUCAACCUGUCCAGUAACCCCAUAUGCAUCAUCCCAGACUACAGAACCAAAGUCCUGGCCCAGUUUGGGGAUCGUGCAGCAGAGGUUUGCCUGGACUGUAAUGCGACGACGGAAAAGGAGCUGGACACUGUGGAAGUGUUGAAAGCCAUUCAGAAAGCCAAAGAAGCCAAAGAUCGCAUGAGCGGCAACGACAAGAAGAUCAGUGAGGAGACCAGGCUUUCUGCUGCUGUACCUCCUCUCCUCUCCUCCUCCUCCCCCUCCCCUCUCCCGGCCUCCUCUCCUCUCCCAUCCACCUGCUCUCCCUCUUCUGUCGCUCCUCCCGCUGCUGUCACAUCCUCCUCCUCUUCCUCUUCUACCUCUUCGGCCCAGCAGGCUGCCUGCCCCAGCAAAGAUAUGACGAACAGAGAAGAAGCCCCAGUUCCCCCCAGUGUUCCCCCUCCUGUGGAUCCUACACCUCCCUCUGCAAGCUUUAGCACCAACACACAUCUCCCGUCUGCUGACUCUGCACAGAUGCAACAGCCGGUUGUCAGUUUGUCUGAACACACUCACUCUGGGGCUUCUACAAGCAUUACUACUGUUACUACUUCUACUUCUGCUACUGUAUGUUGUGUCUGCUCCUCUUCCUCAUCCAGACCCGUUGAGGCCAGUUGCUCCUCGUGCAGUGCUGCCUGGUGUCCUCUGCUUCCUUCUCACCUGCUUUCCCUUUCCUCCUCCAACAAGGACUUCAUCACCCAGCUUACGCAGCAUCUCAGCUCCACCCUAAGGCAGCAGAAGUUGAAGAAGGAGGGGGAAGAGAAGGAGCAGGAGAGGGAGGAAGAGAAGAGCUCUGAAUCCAGAGAAGUUCAGUCUCAUGUAGAGGGCACUGAAGUGGGCAGCCCCAGUCUAGGGUCCACUGAUGGCUACUUUGAGAUGAGUCUGGAUGAUUCUGUGGAGGAGCUGGUCGGCCCCUCCUUCAUGUCGCUCCCUGCUCCUACUGCAAAGGAGCCUGGUGGCCAUCAGGAGGAGCAGAGUGAGGAGAAACAGGAAGAGGUCCAAGUCCGCCGGGUUCUGUGGUGCUACUGUGUUCAGGUGGAGGAGGAGGAGGUGAAGCAGAAGGUGGCAUGCCUGGUGCUUGCGGACCAACUGUUGGGCCUGCUGUGCUCAUCACAUGAUUUCACAAGGGCCAAUCAGAACAUGGACCAAGAUCUGACUCUGCCUUUGGAGGAAGUGCUGUUCAGCCUCCAGGUGGACCUCCUGCUCCCGUACCCUCAGCUGUCACUCUCUUCCCAAGCUGAGCUCCCAGACUCCUGUCUUGCUUUUGGACUGCAAGAAAAACCAGCCCGUUGGUUCUACAUCUUCUCUGAGGUUGAGGAGCUUCAGCAUAUUAGAUCUGAGCUCACGGUGCUGCUUCAGGUUGACCCAGAGCUCUCCAACACUUGUCAACUCCUUCCUCGCUCACUCAUCAACUCCUGGGAGCUGGAGGAAAGUCAAGGGGCGCAGGGAGGCUAUCCCGUCCUCUUCAUGCCCUCCUCUUCGUCAUCUGCCCUCAACACUAAUCUCCUCCUUUCAGACAUCUUAUCUGAGGAGCCCAGCCUUCCCUCUCUGCUCUUCCUCACCCACCGACAACUGUGGGUGCUGAAGAUGGACUUCAGAGAGCUGUCAGAAAUAGAGAAGCCCAGUGCUGGCCUUCGUCAUCUCUCCUCCUCCUUUUGUAGGCUAGUCCGUGUAGCCCUCGGCUCUGUGGUGCUUCACCCCAGAGAGAGAGAUGCUCAGGUGGGGGACAAAGUCAGCAAUACAUCCUGCUCAGACCCACAACAUCCCCAGAGGAGGAGUCACACUGUGGAGCUGCUGCUGGGUGAUCACAGGCUGCUGGUGUGCUUUCCUCUGGUCCAGAACAAGAGCUCCUUUCUGGGGUUGCUGAGCCAACGAAGGUCUGCUCUGGAGGGGCUGAAGGUGGUGGCCCUGCCCCGGCCCUCCAGGCUCUGUUCACAGCAAGGUCGUUAUAGAUCCAGAGACCAGUGCUGUUGUACCAAUACCAAGCAGUCACAUGGCUCCAGCAGCUGGGACUCUUCCCGUCUUCACAUGGAGGAGAACCAACCCUCUCCCCACCUCAUUCCUGGUCUGUCACCGGGUCUGAAGCUCAUGGCUGGACUGGGAGAGCAGCAGCUGCUCACCUACUUCCACAGAUAUAUAGCACAGUCUGAGGCGGAGGAGGUGAGACAGGUGCUGUGGCUGUCUGUGAUUCUCUACAAAUCUCCUGAGACUGAACUCACCUGCUGUCUGCUACUCUCCACUGAUUCAAUCUACUUCCUGUUGGAGGAUUCGGCCACUACAUUGGGUCAUCACUCAGUGUUGGACAUAUCAGACUCUGGAGAUCCAGACACAUGUCUGUGCUGCUGUAUGUCCAUCAGACUCUCUGAUCUGCUUGCCGUCAAUGUUGGGCUGUUUGAUCAGUACUUCAGAGUCGUAGGUCACUCAGCAGAUCAUGUGGUGUGCUGUCUGAGCAGGGACAGCUAUGGCACGAGCGUUUUCCUGCAGGAGCUGAUGUCAGCUCUCAGUCUGCAGCAGCAGCUUCCUCCUCCAGAGCCAUCCGAUCAGGACUUCUACUCGCAGUUCACCAACACAAGCACGGGUAACUCGGGCAACGGUGCCAUCUGUUGUCCUAGUAAGAUGCAGAACUACGAGCUGGUCCACAGCAGCAAGGUGAAGUUCAUUUAUCCCAGUGAGGAGGAGAUGGGAGAUUUGACCUUCAUUGUAGCAGAGAGGAAGACUCCAGCAAGCGUGGCGUCCUCCUCCCCAUGCUCCUUUAACGUCCUGCUGUACCUGCUGGUCUUCCAGGUCCAGAUCCCCAGCAGUCCACCCAGCCAAGGCUCUGCACUCUCAGGCACCUCCUCUUCUGAUUUAGGCUCUGCCCGGUCUCCAGUUCUCCAGCCCAGGACUCUGAUCCUAACCAGCACCGAUGUGUUCCUGCUGGAUGAAGACUAUGUCAGCUAUCCACUGCCAGACUUCGCUAAAGAACCUCCAUCCAGGGAGCGGUACCAGCUGCGUGAGGCCCGGAGGAUCCGCGACCUGGACCGGGUGCUGCUGGGCUACCAGACGUACCCCCAGGCUCUGACUCUCGUGUUUGACGACCUGCCCGGCCCCGACCUCCUCUGCCACCUCACCAUGGACCACUUUGCUGUCAGCUGCAAUGAAGCUAAUCCCAGAGGAGGUGUGGCCAGCAGGGGUGCAGAGGGCGAGGUGCAGUGGUGCAUUUUUGUCCCGGGAGCCGACAGCAGAGAGAGGCUGAUCUCGCUCCUCGCUCGACAGUGGGAGGUGCUGUGCAGCCGAGAGCUUCCUGUUGAGCUCACGGGCUGAUUGGUUGACAGCGAUGACAGACAAAUAGGUGACUGCUCAGCUGCUGGUUGGUGGGUGGAGUCAUCAUGUGAUUGGGUUCAUUUACACAUGGACUCAGGGUUUGAUUGGUUUAAUCUCAGUGUUGGGCCAUGCGGAGGAUGAACACAAAAUGAAAUUUCCUCCCUUUUUUGGUUAAUAAUUGACAGAAAUUAAUAAUAACUGGGGUGGAGUCGUGGGUAAAAAUAUUGAGACUCACUGCACUAGAUGACGAAAGCAUUUCUGUGCUUUUGGGGGGGGGGGGGUUUCCUCAGCAUUUCGGUUCUUUGAAGAUGGAGGAACAGGCCACCAAUCAAACACAGCUUAGUGAGACUUUAUCCUGAGCUUAGACUUCUCACUAUCAGUACAAUUGCGGCCCAGUCAGAUGACGGAGGGUGUCGACUCUGGUCAGAACACAAAAAGGGUACGUCAUAAUGGGCGAAAACCAGUGCUGUGACUUUGGUCCUUCCACUUCUUUGAUGUUGACCAGUAGAAGCGCAGAAUGCCACUAAGCUGUUUAUAACUAAACAUGAUAGUGAUGUUAUCAGAGUUGUUUGGAUUAUUUUGGAGGACCCACGGCCUGAAUCUGCUUUGCUCUCAACAGGUGUUUAUACAGAAAGAGAGUAGAAGUAGUGACCAGAGACUGUGAAGCAUCAGUGAAAUUCAGCGACCUGUAGUGAUGGGGUGCCAAAUAGAAAAGGGUUAUCAAGGCUAAUGGAGAGCUAUGUGAAGCAGAGCGGGGGGACAGAGUCACGCAUAACACUUUGGUUGCUGUUGUCUGUUUACAUUCUUUUCCAGGAAGUUUCUAUAUGGCGCCGCCUUCCUGUUGUUGUGAGAGAUUAACAUGAUUGGUCAUAGAGCAAAAUGUCGACCGUUAUGUCUCUCAGGCAAGAAAAUGCAGGAUUUUAUGACCCUGCAAUCGCCUAAUCUGAGACGGUGACCACCGUAAUUUGAAAAAUCUGAGCCCAGCGAUCAUUCUUCUUACAGAUUGGUGGGAAUCUGGCUCCUUCCCCCUCAGUAGUGUCUGCACAUCACUGGAUUACAGUGACAGGAGACAGGAGAAGAGGCCCGUGACCUUGUACGAAGCCAAAAUCCUGAGACUUUUUUUCUUUUUCUUUUUUUGGCACAACUUCUCCUUCUUGUAAAGUAUCUAACCAUGCAUUGUAUAUUCUUUUUAAAUUUUUUUAAUUUUAUAUAUAUUUUUUUCUUUUUGGGGGGGUGGGACGGAGGGUUGUAGAUGUUGCACACACAGACUGGAUUUGCACAGCAUUGGGCGCUGCAGAGGGUCCACGGGAGCUCCAAUACUCCUAAUUCAAUAUUAUGUUCUGGUUCAUCUUCUAAGACUCCGUCUUAUCCAGACUCGGAUCUGAAGGUGGAUCACCUCCAUUUGCUGGACAUGUUUAGCCUAGCUUAGCACAAAUACUGGAAGCAGAGGGAAAAGGCUAGCGUAGCUUUAUCAAAACAGGAAAGAAAACAUUUAAAUAACUCCAAAGUUAUUUGAUUUAAUUGCUUUUAUUUACUGGCUUAAAAACCAAAAAUAGCUUUUGUGUGUGUGUGUGUUCCUAUUCCUUUGUGUGUUCAGCCUGACUGAUGAUAAGAUCGGGGGGGUUUCAUUUGAAAUAGCACAAACACACAGCUGCUCGGCACAAUCUUCUCUCUGAACAUUUUAUUUCUUGCACAUUAUAACUGAUGAAGCAGUAUUACUGAACUGUAUAAUGAAGCUUUUUAAUAAUAUGAUAUUAAUAUAAUUGUUGCUUUUGGACAGACGGAUGUUUCCCAUCCUGAAGCUUAUUUUGUAAAAAGACACAAGGGUCCUGAUAUUAUUAUCAUCAUGAACUCUGAAAUGUAGUAUUAUCAUCGAGUGUUAUUUUUAAUAUAUUUUGCUUUGUGUUUUAUGUAAUUUGUUUUUCUUACAAUACAAAUGACACAUAGGAUGCUCUCCCACCCGUCACCACUGUUGUUUAACAUUAUUGGGCAUUGUAAACGGGAAAUACCACUGAAUUAAAAUGAAACUGAAAGCUUUCCCAUGAAAUAUUAAUUCCCAUUUUGGCGGUUUGGUUCUUUGAAAAAAUCAGCAGGAUUUAACCACAGUCUGCAAACUUUUCAGCUGAUGCAGCAAUCUGACCGAAACCAAAGGAGGUCUGUUCACUCUGCGCUUCUGUGGAAAAUGACUGACAAAUGUCCGGCUCACCGGCAGCAAAAGAAAUAAAAAGAACUGCGAGUGAUGUGCUGAUUACACUAGAAGUCAGUUACUCAUUCUGUUAGCUCAGCAGAAGUAAAACUCAUAAAGACUGAAAAUUGCAUGUUUUCCUUCACACCUCAGUCACCGUGAGGACUCCACUGUGCUUUUGUUCUUUACCUUUAUAUUGUGGUGACAGAAGAUAAAUAAUUUGUUGUUGCAAAGUA